GUCCCUUGAUCAUGUGCCCUGAGUUGGUGGUGGCUGUGGAUGACGGAGACACUCAGACUCCGGCAGGUGCAUCUUCAGCUGCCCUCACACUUUGGGCUCCUCGGGGAGGAGGGGCUGGAGCCCUGGCCCACCGUUAGCACAAUGAUCCUCAGGCUGCUUCUGGCUCUCAACUUCUUCCCCUCAAUUCAAGUAACAGAAAACAAGAUUUUGGUGAAGCAGUUGCCCAGGCUUGUGGUGUACAACAAUGAGGUCAACCUUAGCUGCAAGUAUACUCACAACCUCUUCUCAAAGGAGUUCCGGGCAUCCCUUUAUAAGGGAGUAGAUAGUGCUGUGGAAGUCUGCGUUGUGAAUGGAAAUUACUCCCAUCAGCCUCAGUUCUACUCAAGUACAGGAUUCGACUGUGAUGGGAAAUUGGGCAAUGAAACAGUGACAUUCUACCUCCGAAAUUUGUUUGUUAACCAAACGGAUAUUUACUUCUGCAAAAUUGAAGUCAUGUAUCCACCUCCUUACAUAGACAAUGAGAAGAGCAAUGGGACCAUUAUCCACGUGAAAGAGAAACAUCUUUGUCCAGCUCAGCUGUCUCCUGAAUCUUCCAAGCCAUUUUGGGCACUGGUGGUGGUUGGUGGAAUCCUAGGUUUCUAUAGCUUGCUAGCAACAUUGGCCCUUUGUGCUUGCUGGAUGAAGACCAAGAGGAGUAGGAUCCUUCAGAGUGACUAUAUGAACAUGACCCCCCGGAGGCCAGGGCCCACCCGAAGGCACUACCAACCCUAUGCCCCAGCACGCGACUUUGCAGCAUACCGUUCCUGACAUGGACGCCUAUCCAGAUGCAAGCCGGCUGGCAGCGCUUCACCUGCUCAACACAACUGCUCUGGAUAGGAAAAAACUGCCUCGUCUUCAGCCGGCCACCAGCUCCCAUUAGGGGCUCCUAUUAGGCCAAUGAUGCCAAUGUUUCUUGAAUGACUAGACCAAAUAACAUUAUUUUGAGGCUCUGAAAUGAAGUUAAAGAAUAUUGCUGUGGCAGGCUCUAUCUUGUAGUGCCAUGACCCAAAUUUCAACGUACCAUGUAUUUAUUGACUUGAUCAAGAGGUUACAGUAGAGAACAAAAAGCCAGUGGAUUCUGUUAGCCUUGAAAUCUGUUUUCCAUUUCACUUCUCUUUCAUCUCACUCACCUGAACACUGUGGCCAAGUGGAGUGUGAUAUGGAAGGACUUUUUAGAUGGAGAAGAAAGGUUACAAAACCAUUCCUUUUGGUUAAAGGGGGGUUUAGGGUGGGGAUAGGUAAGGGUGGGGGAGGGGGGAGACUUCAUAUUUUUAAAAUCAUUAAAACACUGUCUCUCAUUCAUGAAAUGAGCCACUAGUUCCUAUUUAAUACUUUAGGUUAAGAAAGAUAUAGACAUUGUGUUUUUUGUUUUUUGUUUUUUUUUUUUGAAUUCUGGUCAUAUUUAGUCCUUUGGACCAGUGGAAUACCUUCAAAGCAAUUUGAAGCAGUCUUGCUCUUCUUACUCCCUGCAAUGGGAAUUCAAUGUAGUAUUGACCAUAUGAUUUGAAAAGAAUAAAGUAGUCCCCCCAAACCACAGAAGAAUGUGUCAGGAAAUGAAACCACCUGAUGUCAAAAUUAUUUGAAUACUAUGAAGUGUUAUUUCUUUAGCAGAUCAUUUCAGUCACAUCAUAGAGGGGGCUUUGCUGUUCCAUAUAUUUCAGAUUUGCUGGGUUGGUCUCUUUGUUAUCUGUGCAGAAAUCUAAAGUGGGAUGCUGAAAGCGUAUCCAGAGCAGCAAUGAUACUGUGAAAAAGCGGUGUUAGUACUCCUUAGGGUAUAUGGAGGAUGAGUCCCAAGAUGCUUCUUCUAAAGGAGGAGAAUAGAAGGGAAUGAUGGGACUCUUGCCAGUGUGCUCAGGGAGUGGCUGGCAUCUGGUGGAAGAUUUCCAGAAGACAACAGGCAAAAGGAAAUGUGGCAAGAACUCCUUUACAGAGACUUUAUGUGCUUUAGGGCUCUGUGCUCCAGAACUCUGUGGGUUCAGCUGUGUGUUUGCCCUGGAGGUCCAAUGACAUGGAAAAGUAUUUUGGAGUAUGUCUUUUGAGUCCACAUCAAAGUUCUCAAGAUACUCAACAAAGCCUGACCCUGUAAAGCCUGACCUUGUAAUGAGCACAGAUAUUUUUCUGCCUCCGGUUUGGGUCAAAUGGAGUAUGCCUGGGGACCUUGAAGAAGAGCUUUACUGCUGCCUUUACAAUUUGUUCAGUGCCUCGAUUUAUUCAGAUGUUAGAGGAGUCUAGGUUGUAGAAGCAGAUGAAAUAGAUCUUGUCCAAGUCCCAUUACUAGUUGGCCUCAGGAAAGUUGCUGACUUUCUAAGACUCUGGCUUUUCAACUAUAAAAUGGAGGUAAUGAUCAUAAUGUACUGGACCAGUGAUGUACGGCUCUGUCCCUACACUAUAAUCUCCAUCAGGGCAUGGCCCAAAUUUGUCCUUUGUUCAUGCUUGUCCCUGAUGCUUAGUACCAUACCUGACAAAUAAUGUUAGCUAUUAUUAUUAUUAUUGCCAUUUAAAUUAUGUAUAAAGAUUAAACUGGGAAAUGCCCUGAGAAGGGGAAGAAUAUUGUAACACAAAUUUAAACCCACUACCCAGGGAUAAGGUGCUAUAAAAUUUGAGAAUCUCUUAACUUCUGCCAUUUUCCUGUUUUGGGAUAUUUUAGCUUGUAAUGAAAUGUACAGCAUUCUGCCCCCCACUUUUAUGUAUAGAAAGAAGUCUUCUUUAAUUUUUUUUGUGUGUGUGUGUGAUGUGGGGAGGGAUAGGAAUCCUAUGAUUCCAGACAGAAAAUAUUGUACUUCAGUUGACUUUGAAAUGGGCUUCCAUUCCAUGAAUACAAUUAACCCAAAGAAGGUCAAACUUGCUAGUACUUGGGUGACAAAAACUCCUGAAUUUUUACUGGCACGUGUGCUGCAUUGCCAGCCUCUUGGCACACAGAGUUCUUUAAUCCAAGUGACUGGACUGGAUUUGAAAAUGAUAGAGCUAGAGAAUUUUUAGAAAGGGCAAUGUCAAAACAUAAAUUUCAAAAAUGGAAAGAUUUGAUCUUUGGUAAAAACAAAUGGUUUUAUUUUCUGAUGGGAAAAAUAGGUCUACUAUAGAUGAAUCACACUUUAGAUUUCUCUUACUCACUCUGAACAGAGCCAAAGUAGAAAUGUUAACAGGGAAGUCCAUUUUCAUUAUUAGUAUGAGCCAAGAAAUGGUUUAAAAACAGUGGUUGGAGCAAUGCUUUUACAGUUUCACAUAAGGUAAUUAUGAAGAAAAUAAUGUCAUUUGCUGCUAUUAUUGUAAGAGUCUCAUAGUUAAUAGUAUUUCUAUAAUUUUUGAUUGUGAACUCACUUAUGUUGGACCAAGCAUGCCAGUUUAAAGAGACCAAGUGUACAUUAUGUUCUGUGUACUCAGUGGUAAAAUUACUGAACUAUCACGUACCUGUUUUUAAAUUUAUGCUUUAGUAUUUGUCUUUCAAAGCAGGUAUGCUUCAGUUUUGGCCAUGAAUCUGGAGAAAACUUGCUAUUUAAAAAUGGUGUGGGAUAAAUCUUUUAAAGUAAAUCUCCAGUUUAGCUUUUUAAAAAAAACCCAAACUUUCAGAUAGUAGUUUUAUUUCAAGCAAGGUACACUCCUGGUUUGUUUACUUGGCUUUAGUCACAAUUUCUCAUCAGACCAAUGGUUUAGAUCUUUGAGAUGUCAGGCUGUGCAUUUUGUGUGAUGUGAAUGUUCUACGAGAGACAUCAAACUUUAGUCUUGACCCCAUCAGUCCCUUGGGUUAACUAACGGAUCCACUAGUUAUCAUGGCUAAUUUAAUGGGGAUGUUGAUGGUUAAAUGGAUGUUAGAUCCCUUAUUUCAGCUUUUUGCUCUGCUGGAUAAGAGCCACAGCCCACCUAGGGACUGACCUCAAAGUGUUAAAUUCAAAUACAUUCUGGAGGUUAGAGAUGGUGGCAGUGAUGGACCCAGAACUAGGGUCAUCACUGCUGUAGACCUGUAACUGACCCAAGUCAAGGACACUGGCAAGGAUUUUCUCAAGUCCUGGGCUGAGUAACUUCUUGGGAUCUGUAAGCACAUUUGAGGCUCAGGAAAUCUCUCCUAGAGGUAUAUGCAUACUUUCCAACAUAUUUCUCUUCAAACAUCACAGGCAUGUUUCCAUCUCGGGGCUUUUACACAUACUGUUUCCUUUGUCUGGAAUGUUCUCUUCUGGGUAUCUAUCUGGCUUGCUCCCUCAUUUCCUUCAGGCCUCUGCUUAAAUGUUACUUUCUGCCCUAGUUAAUACCCCCACUUGCCCCACCAACCCUAUAUACUUUCCUUGCUUGCCUUGUUACCAUAGCAUUUCACCAUCUCUUAUGCAAGAUUUUUUUUAAUUUUUUUUAUUUAAAAAAAUUUUUUUUUUCAACGUUUUUAAUUUAUUUUUUUUUUGGGACAGAGAGAGACAGAGCAUGAACGGGUGAGGGGCAGAGAGAGUCUUAUGCAAGAUUUUUAAAAACUUAUUUAUUUGUUUAUUGUUUGUUUCCCCAAAGUAGAAUGUAAGCUUCAUGAGGGAUGGAACUUUGUCUGCUUUGUUUAUUGCCAUAUCCCCAGUGCCUAGAAUAGUACCUGGCAUGAAAUGUAUAUUUAUUGAUUAAAUGAAUGAACUACA